AUGUUUCCCGCGCGUCCGGCAGCUGGCGCCAAAUCCGCGUUCAAACCCUCCCGGUGACGUUUGCUCUUCCGCUUCCGCGAGUAACGGAAACAGAAGCAGCAGAGGCUCUGUCAGUGUGAUGUGACUCGAGCAGCAUGUCUGCAAACGCUCUUCCAGAUCAGUGGAGUGCAGAGGAGGACCGCCAGCUGAGACUCGUUCUGAUUGGCCGCACGGGCUCAGGCAAGAGCGCCACAGGAAACACCAUCCUAGGACGACCUCACUUCCUGUCUGCGCUGAGGGCGGGCUCGGUGACCCGUGUGUGCGAGUGCGGCCGCGCGGAGCUGCGUGAGGAUGAGGAGUCCGGCGGGGGGGCGAUGAAGAGCGUUCUGGUGGUGGACAUGCCGGGAUUCGGAGACACUCGUCUGGACGAGACUCAGGUUCACGCAGAGAUCGCUAGAUGUGUGGCGCUGACGGCUCCAGGGCCGCAUGCCUUCCUGCUGGUGACUCCGCUCGGCCGCUACACCGCGGAGGAAGACCGCGUCGUCACGCAAACGCUGCGUGUGUUCGGUGAGGAGGCGCUCCGCCACACGGUGGUGCUGUUCACGCGCGGAGACGAGCUGGAGGACGACGGGAUCGAGAGCUUCCUGGAGCACGACUCGACUCCGGAGCCGCUGAAGGAGCUGCUGCGCGUCUGUGGCGGACGCUACUGCGUCUUCAACAACAGAGCGCCGCAGAACCGCACGCAGGUGAACGCGCUGCUAGUGACUGUGCGGAGGAUGGUGGAGGACGUGGGCGGAGCUUGUUACACCAACAGCGUGUUCCUGCACGCCGAGCGCGUCAUACGGGACGAGCAGCAGCGGCGCGUGCAGCGGUGGAGGGGUCACAGCAGACGUCAGGCCCUGCGGUCCGCUCUCAGCCGCAUCCGAGCCGAAGCCGCGCUCUCCGGGAAAGUCCUGGAGCGCAUCAAAGUGCUAGUCGCGGCGGGAGCCACCGGUAUGGCGGUAGGGGCCGUGUUCGGAGCCGCAGCUCCUCUAGCGGUCGCGGCCGGAGCCUCUGUGAUGGGCGGCGCAUCGGUGGGGUUAGCAGGAGUCUCGGCAGCAGGAAGCGCAGGCGUAGGCAAAGCGUUCGGCGCAAUAGUUGCGGCCGCGGCUGGAAAGAGCGCGGUGGCUCUGGGAGCGGCGACAGGCGGCGUGUUGGGAGGGUCGGUGGGAGCGCUAGCGGGCGCUGAGGCCCCGGGGCCACGAGAGGCCGCACUGGAAGCAAUGCAGCAGGUGGGAACGAUGGGCGCUGCGGUGGUGGGCGUGGCUGCAGGAGUGGGCGGAGCUGUAGGGGCGGGAGCAGCGUUGGGGGCGGUGCUAGAGGGAGGAGUGAUAAGUGCUGGCGAAGCUGUUGCAUCGAAUGCGUUGGUCGCCGCGGGCAACGCAGCAGUGCAGCCUGUGACCUCCAGUGCAGCCGGCAUCGGAGCAACCGCGCGCAUCCUGAGCGCCGUGGGGGAGAUCGGAAGAGCGGCGGCGGGAAUCGCGCUGGCCGGAGGACUGGUGAUCAGGGUGGUGAAGGAGAGGGUGCGCUCCGCAGAAAACACCACUGAACGCAGCUCCUACGAGAUCCAGUGGAACAAGUGAGCGUCUGGAGCAGUGCUGACGCUUCAUCAUACAGACGCAUCAGCUUGUCAUUUCAUUCAGAUUUGUAGAACAUAAAGAUUAUUUGAUGAGUUCAGAAUUUUUAACUAGAUUUUAUUUGUUGAUACAAGUGUGCGCAGUCGCAUUGAGACGCACUGAAGCUGCGUCAUGGAUAAACAUGCCUUCUGUGCACCUGAGCUGGAGCUGCUCGUGUGCUGAUAGGGAUCCUGACAUGUAGGUGAUUACUGGGUUGGACUGGUCUGGACUGGUUCAGUGAGUCUGGAGAGGUUCAAACUAACGUUCAGCACGUGUGUGAGAUGCACUGAACACUGUGUGAUUGUUUUUCUGAAGCCGCUGAACAAAAAUAAACACAUCAAUGAUCU